AUUCAAAGGCCAAUAGAUUCACUCUCACGGAUUCUGAACACCAGCCGUGGUUUGCACUUUUCCUCUCUCUCUCUCUCUCUCUCUCACCAGUCACCAACCACUCUUUAUAAACCACCACUCCCCUCCCACCUCUCACUUCCACCAUCUCCUACCUACCUCUCUCUCUCUCUCAACAAACCAACAUCCCUGAUCCCACAUCCAUGGACUCAAAACCCACCAUCAGAAGGCCUUGUUUCGCAGACAACGACGACGACGGCCUCGCCUCGAUUGCCGGCACGGCGGAGCCUGGAUUUUCAGGCCACCACCACCACCCCUUCCUAUCUACCAGGCCUGUCUAUCACACGAGUACUGCCUUGCAAAGAAGGGGUAGCCUGAGGAAUCUCUCGUCAAUCUCCUCCGGCCCCGCUAAUUCCCCGAGAUCUGGCUAUUAUUCCUACGAAGUCAAUCGAUUCGAUCAGGAAAUGAAUCAGCCUCACUUCUUAGACGCUUGUUUUCUCUGCAAGAAGCCCCUCGGUGAGAACAAAGACAUUUUCAUGUACAGAGGGGACACACCAUUCUGCAGUGAAGAGUGCAGAAGUGAGCAGAUAGAGAAAGAUGAAGCCAAAGAGAGCAAGUGGAACCACUCUGUUUCAAUGAAGGCCUUGAGAAAAGACCAAAAAUUGAAUUCCAAUUCCACCACAAACUCCCCAAACAAGCCCCAAAAGAACUACCCUUUCCCUACCAGUACAGUUGCAGCUGCUUAAACUUAUCACUCCUAUCACCCCACCUUACAUAUCACAAGGGGGAAAAAAAUCCAAUUUUUCAUAGUUACGCCAUCACCACCCCUUUCCAAGAUCAAAAGAAAAGAAAAGAAAAGAAAAUCCUAAUGGAUUCUGCCUGUAGUGAAGAAGAAAACCCAUCUGGGAAUUUCUUUUUUUUCCCCAAUAUCAAUAUAGACGACAGGGCUUAUGUCAUGAGGCCUGUUUAGUGGGUGGCACUGGCUAUAUAUAUAUUUGAAAAUAGCACUUUUUAGUUGUGUUUUGAAACUUUCUCCGUUUUCUUUCUUGGGUACUCCGUACUAUUCUAUUCAUGGUGAUGUAAAAAGCUGGAGUAAAUAGAAGGGAAUAUCUUUUUUU